AACGUACAGUUCUCCACGUUGGACCAGACGCAAUCAAUACAUAGUUGAGUUACAAGAUUCUCCAGUUGGAUUGAAUACAUUGUAAGAAGUUCAUUAAACGGCAAAUAUAAAGUUGCUGCUUUGUCUGGACUUCGACAGAAGAACAUGCUAAAUCCGGCAAACGGUGACCCGGUCCACGUCGUUACAAAUUAUGUGGAAGAAUAUUUGGACUUGGUCGAAUCACUGCCAUUCGACCUACAGAGGAGCGUGUCUCUCAUGAAAGAAAUUGACGCCAAAUACCAAGAUGUCCUGCAUGAGCUGGAUGAUGCUUAUGAGCGCUACCGUCAGGAGUCCGACCCUCUCCAGCGGCGCAGAAUGCAGCUGUCCAUCCAGAGAGCUCUCAUCAGCAGCCAGGAGCUAGGAGAUGAGAAGAUCCAGAUUGCUGGGCAGAUGGUGGAGUUGGUGGAGAACCGUAGCCGACAGGUGGACUGGCAUUCUGAGCUCCUCCAUGCCUCCCAGGAGAUCCCAGAGAUCCAUGUACCCACAUCAACUGCUUUGAUGACGACUGCAGCCUCCAUGAUGUCAACGUCGGCAGUGACAACCACACCGGGCAAAGUGGGUCACCACGACAAGAGGCGUGACGAGGUAACGCCAGGCUCAGUCGGUGGAGGGGAAAAGUCUGUCGGGAAACGUUCGCGGCGGCAGAAGAACGGAGAGAACCGGGAGAGCUAUGGAGGCAUGGAUCAUGGUGAUGAGGCGGGCAUGGGGGCAGCCAGGGAAAAGAGGGCCAAAAUGUCAUCGUCCAAGAAGAAGAAGAGGUCAAAGGGCAAGUCAGAGAGGGAGGUGUCACCCCCAGACCUGCCCAUCGACCCAGAUGAGCCCACCUACUGCCUGUGUGAACAGGUGUCUUACGGCGAGAUGAUUGGCUGUGAUAACGACGAGUGUCCCAUCGAGUGGUUCCACUUCUCCUGUGUGGGGCUGCAUCACAAGCCCAAGGGGAAGUGGUUCUGCCCCAAAUGCAGGGGUGAGAAUGAGAAGACCAUGGACAAGGCCCUGGAGAGGGUGAAGAAGGAGAGGGCCUACAACAGGUAGCUGCUCUACCUGGCCCAGUGAACGUUGUUUGUGGUCAUGUUUUUUUAUUGUAUUUUUCUACUCCCAAUUAGUAUCAAUGCUGUUUGAAAAUGAAUACUUGGGGCCUCCCGAGUGGCGCUUCAGUCUAAGGCACUGAGGCGUCACUACAGACCCGGGUUCGUUCCCAGGCUGUGUCGCAGCCGGCCGACCCAUGAAGCGGCACACAAUUGUCCCAGCGUCUCCGGGUUAGGGGAGGCCUUGGCCGGCCGGGGUGUCCUAUCACGCUCUAGCGACACUUUGUGGCGGGCAGGGCGUAUGCAUGCUGAAUCGUGUCGCUAGUUGUACAGUGUUUCCUCCGACACAAUGGUGCGGCUGGCUUCCAGGUUAAGCGAGCAGUGUGUCAAGAAGCAGUGCGGCUUGGCAGGGUCGUGUUUCGGAGGAAGCAUGGCUCUCGACCUUCGCCUCUCCCGAGUCCGUACGGGAAUUGCAGCGAUGGAACAAAACUCUAGCUACCAAUUGGAUAUCACAAAAUUGGGGAGAAAAGGGGUUAAAAAAAAACAAAUGAAGAAUUAGAAAGAGGGACAUGUCAUUUUAGUAAAGGCUGUACUGUAAGAUGGACAUCCUAGUUCAGGACCACUGGUUUAGAGCAGAUAUGUAAUACAGAUGUUUGUUGACGCUAGUGUAUCUUGCAUGCAACCAUACUAGCCAUAUUGCUCCGAACAAAUAAAACAUUUUAACCAAGA